AUGGCGAAUGCGUAUUGGCUAAUAGAAGCUGUUGAACAUUACGAAGGAAUAGAUAACGUAAAACGAAGAGUUGAACAAGCUGUUCGAGCCAAAGCAAAAAAGAAACAGUUGCUAACUAUAAACGACAAAGCUCUUUUAAAUAAGCCAGCAGAUGAACGCUCAGAAGAAGAGAAAAAGUAUUUAUUUCGUAUUAUUGGUGGUCUAAAAUGUUUUAAACGCUAUCCUAACCACGUGAAAAAGAAACUUGCUGCAGUGACUUAUUUUAAAUAUUACGGACCAGAACGUACUAUUGUUCGUCAGCACCAUGACGCUCACGCACUUUAUUUUGUUGUAAGCGGUGACCUCGUAGUGAGCCAAAUGAUAUAUGAUGAACUGCUUCAGAAAUAUGUAUCUGUAGAUGUUGGUGCAAUGCAUCAAGGUGAUAUGUUUGGAGAAGUUUCUCUGCUACAUAAUAUCAAAAGGACUGCUACAGUUACUACCGCUGGUCACUGCGAGUUGUUGGUUCUGAUGAAAGACGACUUUAAGAAUGUACUUCAAGCUUCCAUACAGAAGCAAUGGGAUGAAGUGCGAAGUGCAAUGUCAGCCUUCACUUAUUUCGAUGCACUGGAUGAGGUGGCUCGCCGUGAAGGUUGUAUCAUGGCAAAAAUGAAGUCGUACGAAACUAAUGAGACGGUGCUCGGCGAUGGCGUGGGCGUGCCCAAUUUUGUCUAUUUUAUUUUAUCAGGACGCUGUCAGAUGAUUGAAUCUAUACAAGUGACUGUAACUACACAUCUCGGCCGAAAUUAUUACACGCUAUAUGAUCCUUUUGUACCAAAUGAAGAAAGUGAACAAGAUUUUGAUAAGAAAUACUUUAGAGCUUACAAAAAUUUUAAUAAAAGUACUGUUGAGGGUCACUCAUCACGUGAAAUAUCUUCAGAAAAACACCAAUCUAAAUUGAAACAAUACAAUCGAGAAGGAACUUCAACUAGUGCCGGAGUUGUAUCGAUUCACCCUAGUGCGAUAAAAAGUAAAACCAGUUCUAUAAAACAUCAUAGUGCACAAAUAUCUGUUAGUUAUGAAGGUGUACAGAAACAAAGUAUAGGAAGCAGCCAUUUACAUCACGAAAUCUCAGAGAUAACAUCAAAGUCCCACGACCUUUUGAAACCUUCUGAUCGAGGUGUUCGGGAAUCAAUCAGACUUAGUGUUGUUCCUGAAGAUAUACAACCUCAUCCAAAAAAUAUUCGGACCUACUUUAUGCAGGUGUGCCAGUUUAACCCAGGAUCCAGUUUUGGGUUUGGUGAAAAUAUGCGAGACAGACGCAUUGUAGCGCUUACACCAGUAGAUUGUAUGCUUUUACCAAAAAUAUGGCUGUUACAAAGGAACACUGCAAAUAUCUGGUCACGAAUUCAGCACUACCUUGAAAAGAAAAUACCGACUAAGAAGCAACUAUUCAGAGAGUUUGUAUCGGCGCGCCGCUGGCAAGAGUUUAAGGACCAAACCGUUGCCGACGUGGUUUCACGGGCUCACACGGUCAACUGGACUACAGUGCACGACGUGCCCUAUUCUAUACGCAUGGAAGAAAUGAUGGAUAUUUAA